UGGUAUGGUAUGGUAUGGUAAAAAACAUAUGUAGGGAAGACGGGACAAUCCUGCACUUCAAUAAGGAAUGAGCAUUAAAAAGAAUGUGCGAAAGGAACAGAAAAAGACUAACUCAAACCAAAAAAGAAGAGGCAUUGCAAGAAAACUAAUCAGUCAUCACUGACCACUGCAAAUGGGAAAAUCUUAUCAUGAACUGGGAAAGAGCCAAAAUCACCUGCAGGGAGGAUAACACACAUCAGUGUUGGAUCAUGGAGGCGAUGGAGAUCAGAAAGUGAACCCACACAGCUAUGAACUGGGAUGAGAGUGACAUCCUCCAGCAGUGAAGCCAGCAGGAGGCGCUGUCGGCUCAUCUAUGCAUCGAUAAGCUGACACUGCCUCCUGACAAUGUCAGCUGGGACACCUCUGGGCAGAAACGCUGAAGAACAGGUGAAGAUGAUCCAGCAGGUGGAUGUGUUUAAUAGCAAACUUCCUGAACAUCUGAAAAUCACCAUCUCUGUGGAGAUCGAGAAAACUCGGGAGCCAUUGUAUCAGCUGUUUCCAUAUGGCGAUGUG